AUGCCGCGCCUCGGGGCCCUGCUUCUGCUGCUGACCGCCUGCCUGGCGGUGAGUGCCAACCCUGUGCCGGCACUGCCAGCCGACGUCCAAGUGCAAGAGAACUUCGACAUGUCCAGGUUCUACGGGAAAUGGUUCCACGUGGCCAUCGGCUCCACCUGCCCCUGGCUGGUGAGGUUCAAGGACAGGCUGACCAUGAGCACACUGAUGCUGAGAGAGGGGGCGACGGAGAGGCAGAUCAGCACGACCAGCACGCGUUGGCGGAACGGCGUCUGUGAGGAAAUCUCUGGUGUCUAUGAGAAAACAGACACUGAUGGAAAGUUCCUCUACAACAAGUCCAAAUGGAACAUCAUCGUAGAGUCCUAUGUGGUCCAUACCAACUAUGAUGAGUAUGCCAUUAUUCUGAGCAAGAAAUCCAGCCACCACCAUGGACCCACCAUUACUGCCAAGCUCUAUGGGCGGGAGCCCCAGCUUCGGGAAAGCCUGCUGGAGGACUUCAGGGAGCUCGCCCGGGGCAUGGGCAUCCCCGAGGACUCCAUCUUCACCAUGGCCAACAGAGGAGAGUGUGUCCCUGGGGAGCAGGAGCCAGAGCCCACUGCACCCCCAAGAGCCCGGCGGGCUGUGCUGCCCCAGGAACAGGAAGGAUCAGGGGCUGGGCAACUACUAAGUGAACUCAGCAGGAAAGAAGAUUCUUGCCAACUGGGCCACGCAGUAGGCCCCUGCCUGGGGAUGUUCAGGCGGUAUUUCUACAACGGCUCAUCCAUGGCCUGCGAAACUUUCGAAUACGGCGGCUGCCUGGGCAACGGCAACAACUUCGUCUCCGAGAAGGAGUGUCUGCAGACCUGCAGGACUGUGGCGGCCUGCAAUCUGCCCAUAGUCCCUGGCCCCUGCCGGGGCUACAGCCAGCUCUGGGCAUUUGACGCUGUGCAGGGAAAGUGCGUCCUCUUCAAUUACGGGGGCUGCCAAGGCAACGGCAACAAGUUCUACUCGGAGAAGGAGUGCAAGGAGUACUGCGGUGUCCCUGGCGACGGAGACGAGGAGCUGCUGCGCUUCUCCAACUGA